UCUCUCUCUGUCUCUCUCUCUGUCUCUCUCUCUGCACACACAAACACGCCGCUGUUUGCAGCCGGCGCGCCGACUCGCAGGAGGAAACAUGGCGGUCGUCAGUAAAUACUUGACAGCAAAGAACUCCUCAAUAGCCGGCGGUAUCCUGAUCGCUUUAUAUCUGCUUAAGCAAAGGCGGAGGUCUGCUAGACUGAACAGUAGAAAGGACUCAUCAGAAGCACUCUUGAAUAAUGAACAGAAAGACGUUAAGAAGGACCGGGCCGCUGUGGACAAAGUGUUUUUCAUCCGGAUCGCUCGAAUUCUCAGGAUCAUGGUACCAAGACUUUUCUGCAAAGAGACAUGGUACCUAAUCUUGAUUGCGGUGACGCUAGUGGCUCGGACGUAUUGUGACGUUUGGAUGAUCCAGAAUGGCACCAUGAUUGAAAGUGCAAUUAUUGGUCGCUCCACAAAAGAUUUCAAGAAGUAUUUGUUCAGCUUUAUGAGACUCAUGCCAUUUAUUGCCCUGGUGAACAACUUUCUGAAGCUUGGCUUGAAUGAAUUGAAGCUCUGCUUCCGUGAAAGACUCACCAAACAUCUCUAUGAGGAGUACCUGAAGGGAUAUACUUACUAUAAAAUGGGGAACCUGGAUAACCGAAUUGCCAAUGCUGAUCAGCUGCUCACCCAGGAUGUGGAAAAAUUCUGCAACAGUGUGGUGGACCUGUAUUCCAAUCUCAGCAAGCCUCUUCUUGAUAUUGGCCUGUACAUCUUCAAGCUGACAACUGCUAUUGGAGCACAGGGACCUGCUUCUAUGAUGGCUUACCUGCUGAUCUCAGGCCUAUUCUUGACGAGAUUGAGGAGACCCAUUGAAAUGACUGUGAUUGAGCAGAAGUAUGAGGGAGAGUACCGAUAUGUCAACUCUCGGCUGAUCACAAACAGUGAGGAGAUUGCCUUCUACAAUGGAAAUAUGAGGGAGAAACAGACCAUCUAUGCUACCUUCAAGAAGCUGGUUGACCACUUGCAUAAUUUCAUCUUUUUCCGGUUCUCCAUGGGCAUGGUGGACGACAUCAUUGCUAAGUACUUGGCCACAGUAGUUGGAUAUCUGGUCGUGAGUCGACCGUUUCUGAACCUGGCCCACCCACGGCACCUCAACAGCACACAUUCUGAACUGCUGGAAGAUUACUAUCAGAGUGGUCGCAUGCUGCUGCGCAUGUCCCAGGCUCUGGGCAGGAUUGUGCUUGCUGGACGAGAAAUGACAAGGCUCUCAGGGUUUACCGCCCGCAUCACUGAGCUUAUGAAAGUCCUAAAAGAGUUGAACUCUGGGAAAUAUGAGCGCACCAUGGUCUCUCAGUCAGAGAAAGAAACAGAUGCCUUAGAUAAACUAGUCUUGGUGCCUGGAAGUGGGCGAAUCAUCAACAUGGACAACAUCAUCAAAUUUGAACACACCCCAUUGGCAACACCCAAUGGAGACAUUUUGAUUAGAGACCUCAGUUUUGAGGUGAAAUCUGGCACUAAUGUUUUGGUGUGUGGGCCCAACGGCUGUGGAAAGAGCUCACUCUUCAGAGUCCUUGGAGAGCUCUGGCCCCUUUUUGGUGGAAGUUUGACAAAACCUGAGAGAGGGAAGCUCUUCUACGUCCCUCAGAGACCGUACAUGACGCUGGGGUCACUGAGGGAUCAGGUGAUCUAUCCUGACACCUAUGAGGACCAGAAGAAGAAAGGCAUUUCAGAUCAGGUGCUGAAAGGAUACCUGGACAAUGUUCAAUUGGGGCACAUUCUGGAUAGAGAGGGUUCUUGGGAUGCUGUUCAGGACUGGAUGGAUGUUCUUAGUGGUGGAGAGAAGCAGAGAAUGGCUAUGGCUCGGUUGUUCUACCACAAACCUCAGUUUGCCAUCCUGGAUGAGUGCACCAGCGCUGUGAGUGUGGAUGUGGAGGACUACAUCUACAGCCACUGCAGGAAGGUGGGCAUCGCUCUGUUUACAGUCUCCCACAGAAAGUCCCUCUGGAAACACCAUGAGUACUACCUCCACAUGGAUGGAAGAGGAAACUAUGAGUUCAAACCCAUCACUGCUGAAACGGUGGAGUUUGGCUCGUAGAAGAGCAGACAACCACAAAACUUGUGUGCACACUUCCACCUGGCAGGAGUUGUAAUAUUGCACUUCAAGAGUUUGUAGCCAGCUGAAUAUAGAAUUGUUUUUAAUCACUUGUAACCUUUCCGUUAGUUUUUCAUGAAGCUAUGUUUAAAAACCUGUCAACACUACAGGUUUUUGUCUUCCAUGAUUGUAUAAUUGUAUAAUUUGUAAUUUAAAGUGCGGUCCAAUUUACUGGACAGCCACUAAUAAGAAUAGUGAAUGGGCUAAUCCCAAUGAAUAGUGUUCACGUCCUGUAAGUGAACUAAAUCAUGUUUUAGAUGAAAUCGUGUAUGAGGAAUUAGUCCUUAUGAUUCUGUAAAUGAAAUCAGUGCCAGUGGACUGAACUCUUGAACUUUGGGGAUGUUUAAUGCUAACUAACAAUGCCUUUUUGACCCCAGGUACACUAUUCAUUAUGAUAAUGUCAAGCUACUAAGUGGCCUUAGUAAUUACUGUAGUGUUCAGUGGUGGGUCGAUUGUAUGGCCCUGUCGAGUGGUUUGAUGGAGUUGUUGCAGGAGCAUGUUUACCUUUUGAUGGUAAAACAGGGUGGGGUACUGAAGGUGGGAGUCCAGCACAGUUUGCUGAUUUCCCUACUCUAACACACCAACUAAACUUGGCAAUUGAUGAGAACCAGGUGUGUUUGAAUGGAAAAUUACGUAAGUGUGCAGGGUUCCGGCCCUCCAGGACUGGUGUUUCUUAACUCUGAUGGAUGGAGCGGAUUGCACUGAUUUGCAAGCCAGAAAGCCUUGUUUAACAAACUGUGUCUGUAAUUAUCUAAUGGUUGUCAAUAUGCACCUUUUUUUCUUUUGUUCCGAGCAAAAUGUAACAUUUCUCUGCGCUAUUGUGUAACGAGUUAGAAAGCGACUCUGUAGACCUAUCGGGUUUUGUACACAGAUAACUGUGGUAACCUAGUAACACAGCACUAAAAGAGGAAAAGAGUCCAUGGACCUGAACUCACCUUUGCCUUUUCAUUAAAAGAAAAUAUCAGUUCAAAUGA